AUGGUGUGUGACGAAAAUGAUGAAGAUUGUAUGAUGUCUCGUUGUGAUGAUUGCAAAGGAAAUUUUGCACAACAUAUCAUACCAAAUAUUAUGAACAAGAAGAAGGUAAUAAAAUGGUACCAAUGGAUGCAUUAUAAAGGACGUGCUGAAAAGAAAGAAUUCUCCGGAACAGUUUUUCAUUGUAUGAAGCAAUUACAACAAAAAACACCUCAAUACUUAUGUCACGUAUUUAUUAAAAGAAAACAAAGCAACUAUUUCGAAGAUAUUAAAGAGACUGUAAAUGAUGAUACAGUAGUUUGUCAAGUUGACUACGCCGAGAAUUUUACACUUCAAAAUCAAGAUCAAAUACAAUCGGCUCAUUGGUCUAAAAAACAAGUUUCAAUUUUUACAGCUUAUGCUUGGAUGGGAGGUAGUGGUGGACAAGGAUACUCAUUUGGACUUGUAUCGAAUCAGAAAAAGCAUAACAAAUAUACUGUUAUUACUUGUUUAGAAAUUCUGGUUCAAGAAAUUAUUACCAUGAUGCCAGAUGUUAAUGAAAUUAUUUUUUUUCCGAUGGUGCCGCCAGCCAAUUCAAGCAUCGUUAUGUUAUUCAACAUCUAA